AACACAAAAUAACUUCAACAGCUUCAUGCUGCUGUUUUUCUUUUGAGCAUAAAACUAAGUAGUAUGCCUGAACUUCGGUGUGCAUUGGUGAGCCUUACAAGCAGUUCACCGUUGUGGAUUGUCUUUUGUGAAUUGCUGCUACCAGCUACCGCAGUUAUUUAGUACAACAGCCUGCUCUGAGCAGACAGCUGUUUACCCUGAGCACCUUAUUCUUCUUGUUUGUAUAAUCUUUGACCUUUUCUGCACUUUGUUGCAAGUACAUCUUCCAGUGGCUCGUCGUUACUUGAAAUGCUUUGUUCCACUAGUCUAGAGAUCCAGUUGGAUAAACCAGAUUCUCAAGAUUUUUGAGGACUGCCGGUGCAGUACUUGCUUCCUUCUCCGUGGGCUGUGCAUGUAAAUAGUCAGCAGGAAAACUCUUCAGAUCUCGGUUUGCUAAAUCUGUUUCUCUCUGUUUACCCAUCAAGGAUAAUAAGGAACACAACAGCUCUGCAUAGCAAAAGCCAUUGUCUAUGAGGCAGAAAUCUGACUGGUCUGCAAAAGUUAAAAAUACUUUGGAGCCAAAACUGACCUGGGAUUCACUUCUGAUCAUUCCUUAAACCCAGACGUACGCAGGUUUUUCUGCACACUGUUGUGCUGUGACCGAUACACUGGUGUUACUGUCUUCCAGACGCAGCUCCACUCAACCAUAUCAACCCUUCUUAUACCAUAAAUACUGGGGAAUGGCGGUCAACGUGUAUUCUACUUCAAUUACCCAGGAGACUAUGAGCAGACAUGACAUCAUUGCAUGGGUUAACGACAUAUUAUGUAUGAACUAUACGAAAGUUGAACAGCUUUGUUCAGGUGCUGCGUACUGCCAGUUCAUGGAUAUGUUAUUCCCAGGCUGUAUCAGUUUGAAAAAAGUGAAAUUUCAAGCAAAACUGGAGCAUGAGUAUAUACACAAUUUUAAACUGCUGCAAGCAUCUUUUAAAAGGAUGGGUGUUGAUAAGCUGAUUCCUGUGGAAAAGCUAGUUAAGGGACGCUUUCAAGAUAACUUGGAUUUUAUUCAGUGGUUUAAGAAGUUUUUUGAUGCUAACUAUGACGGUAAAGAGUAUGACCCAAUCGAGGCUCGACAAGGUCAGGAUGCACUGCCUCCGCCAGACCCAGGCGAACAAAUUUUUAAUUUGCCAAAGAAGACUCAUCAUGCAAACUCCCCUACAGCAGGUGCUGCUAAAUCAAGUCCAGUUGCCAAGACAGCAUCAACACCUUCUCGACCAUCCUCAGCAAAAAAGACACCAGUGACAUCAGCUUCUAAAGGUGAAAAAGAUUUAGAGGGACAGGUCACACACCUCAGUGAACAGGUACAUUCGUUAAAAAUAGCACUUGAAGGAGUUGAAAAAGAGAGGGAUUUCUACUUUGGAAAGCUAAGGGACAUUGAACUUCUUUGUCAAGCUCACAGAGAAGAAAGCAAUGAUCUUGUACAGCGGCUAAUGGAAAUCCUUUAUGCUUCAGAAGAACAGGAAAGCAGUGCAGAUCACCAGGAAGAAGAAGGUCAGGAGCAGCCUGAGCAGCAGGAAGAAUACUGACCAGAUAUGCAUCAUCAUCAUCAUCAUGGUGAUGGUCUGUUCGUCUUGUGAGAACUUUCUUUAGAAAGGUGAACAUGGUGUGUGGCCACCAAACCAGAAUGAGUCACUUGAAGUCCUGCCAUUAAUGUUCUUGUGCUGUAGUGAGUGCCAGCGAGCCAGUGCAUUCAAACACCCAUUACUUUGCCAAGUCGUAACUGCAGCUGUCAUCUUUCAGAGCGUCCAACUGAAAGAUGAGAGAGUUAUGUCAAAACUGCUUCCCCACUUGGCUGUGUGAGAUUUGUUCAGAGUUCCACCCUGUUUUUUUUUCUCUUUUGGUUCGAUCAGCAGUUGUUUUGAUUUACUGAGGGGAAAUAAUACCUAUGGUACUUGACGGAACAACCUUCUGCUCAAGUUAAACAACUCAAAAAUAUAAAAGAACAGAGAUUUCUUAAGCAGAAGACCAUGAAGAUAUACCAUCAUGAAGAAGCUGAUUCUACCAUUGAAAUGAUAUAUUCUUUCUGUUCAUGAAACCUAAUAAAAAUGUUUAAGCCAUUUUUCAAAUAAAAGUAUACCAGAGUCUCUUUUCAGGGACACUGAUGUGCCUCUAUUAUCACUCUAAGAGCAGGGUUUCUUUUUUGUGCUAAGGAAAAGAGGGCUGAACCUCUGUGAGAGGAAUAUUGAUCACCUCAAAUGGCAAUGUUAACAACUUGUACCCAUUUGACCUGCCUAAGUGAGGUAUGAAUGAAGGAUAGCGUUUUUGAAGACAUUUCUAGUCUGACAUACAACAUCUCUAAUUACUUACUUAUAUUUCUCAAAUUCUGGACUUUUGACAAAUGCCGCUACAUUCCAGUAUUGCAAAGAGAAUGGCUCCAAACAAAUCUACUGCAGCAAAGUGGCUUUGUUUUACAUUCAUGUAAUAAAUGACCACUUGUAUGUCAUGUUUUGAAUACAGCCACUAUAAAAAAGCUAUAUCAUGUGGAAGAGCUUGUCAGAACUUUUCAGUAUUCCACCAUCAUGGUUUAAAUAUGCAUCAGUUAAUUAAUUUUGCUAAACAGCACAUCAUAAAGCUUUUGUUAUAUAUUUCAUGUAAACUGAAAGGAAUGUAAACAUACGGUAUGUACUGUUAAUUUUAAAUAGAUCAGUAAUGAUGUCAUAAUUAGAUGCAAGAAAGUCUUAUUCAGAUGUAUCACACUCAUUUUACAUUACCCAUAACUUGUCGCAUGAUAGAGUAGAUUUUUUUGUCUCUGAAUAUGUGAAUAACUUGACUUGCUUUUACCUUUUUACAUAUUUAAUAAAAAAAAGUUAUAUGUUAAAAGCUGUUAGUAUGCUUAUAAAGGUGUAAAAAAACAAAAACAUUAAAAUAAUUUUUUUAGA